CGGUUCCUGAUCACUGCGACUAAUACUAAAUGUAUCAAUCAAGUGAUGUCCGGGAUUACAAUCUCGACACUGUAGUCAAUCGUACAAUUUUCGCCGAAUCCUUGGAAUUCAAAAAUUGUCCAAAUGUCGGUCCUUCUCUAGUUGCCAAAACCGAUCUAAAAGCAGGCACUAAAGUGCUGGUAGAAAAGCCCAUAAUCUCAUACGAGUUGAAUCCCAAGGGCAGAUCCUCAGUUUCACCACAAUAUACAAAGAAGAUUUGGAAUGAAUUGUGCGCUAUUGUCCUCGAAAUCGAGCAAGAGCAGACACCAGACAUUAAAACCUCAUCAAAAAGUAGCGGUUACGAUAGUGAUGAAAGGGAUAGCGACUCUGAAUACGAGGACGACGAGGAUGAAGACUCGACAAAGCCAGUAUCAGCAUUCUGUCCUGGUGUUCCUGCUGCUAUGGUUGCUUAUUUGUCCAUAAGUCCACCUCCUACCUCGAAUCAACGCAAAAGCCCACAAAUGUGCGAUGCGACAAACCUGAAUUUUUUUUAUUAUCCUGAUCUCACCGAAUGGGCAGAUCACUCCACAGUAGCUUUGAUUCGCAGAACUGUUGAGAAAGCCAUCCUUGACAUACCUGCUUUCGGCCACAUUCAAGCUGCCGAUUUAAUUUCAUUUGUGCUCAAGAUCUAUUCUAAUGCUCAUACCGUUGCUUAUGAGAACAACCGUACACUACAGACUCACAGUAAGCGCAAACAACGCCGGGCAGACUACCAACAAAAGAUAGCUGUCAGUAGAUCACCACUAGAGCCCACUUUCUGGCCAUCUGAACCUGGUUCGAGAAUGCUGUCCAAGAUCAUACUGUUGCCGUGGGGGUCAAAGUUUGCUCAUUCAUGCUCACCCAACAUGUUUCUUCGAUAUGAACCAGCGACUAACACAAUGAUCCUCACUUUGAUCAAUGAUGUUAAGUCAGGCGAUUUGUUGACGUUUUCUUACCUUCCUGAAGACGAUACUAGUCUCGGCGGUCUUCUUUGUGGUACUACUCAAUCCCGGCGACACAAAACCUGGAACUUCAAAUUCUUCAACUGUAAUUGCGAUCGAUGCAUAGAUUUCGACUGGGCUAGAGGCGUUCAAUGUCAAAAAUGCAGCAGUGAUCGUUGCUUCCGAGAAGGUGGAGUCGCUCCCGAUGAACAGCGACAAUGGACCUGUCUAGACUGCAAACAAAAAUUCAAUGUGGACGAAAUAGAUUUCAUUGCCUGUGGAAGAGAGCACAACGUUCAACAAGUUGCUAUCGCUUUCGGAGUCCAUGUUAAAGGCACACCGGAGCAAAGUAUGAUACGCAUGAUGGAACCAUAUCUAAUGUCUCUACUUGAUCCAUCCACCGACCCUUACGAUAGCGAUGGCGAACUUAAAGAUCCAGUUCCUCCCAUACCCAAAAAUCAUUGGACAUUCGCUUACUUCCACUAUUUGCUGUCUGCCUAUCACUUGCAACUAUUUCCUGCGUACUUUAGUAGCGGUUUAGCGAAGCGACUCGGCAUGCUAGAGAAAGGAUUUGAUGAAGCCUAUGUAUAUAUAGACUGGCUCGACAAGAACCUAUUUACAGCGCCCAGCCACUUGAACGAUACUCCUGAAGUGAAUCAGAAUGGCACCAAGAUGUCAUCCUUUAUUGCCAGCUGGCACAUAGCUGAUAUUUGCAUUGAUGUCCUUCUGAAAGAAACCAAUCCAAAGGUGGCAAGAAAGGUAAAGGAGGAUGCUAGUGAAGACUCUAGUGAUAGUGAAGACGAAGUUCAACUCGACGAAAGUAUGAGCUCAAUGCACCUGCAUGACGGUACCCAACUUCAACCUAUUGCUCCGUCUUGCCUCGACAAGUGCGUGAAGAUGAUUGACAUCAUGCAACAUCACUGGAUUCCCCUCAUUGAAACAGUGUUCGAUACAAAUAAUGAAAAGGAUCCAUCCAAUAUCAUGGUUAUAAUGGUGAUCAAAAUUAGACAAUUUAUAGAGAGAGUGCAACAGCUUCAAGAUUUAAGCAUUUAGAUUUCCGUGUUCUAACGAUUGCUGCGAUGCUGAAUAUGUACAAUACAAUUUUUCAUUUAGAUAUUAUUCUGCC